GAAUAUACUUUCAUAUGCGAAAUUGUUUUCUGGAAGCGGAUUUCAUCAUUUAAGUUUUAUUAAGUUGACGAAUUAUAUAAAAGACUGGUCUCUCUGCGCUUGUAUCAUUCGUUCUCAAUCAUUCAUUAAUUGUAGUUCAAAUUGAAGAAAGCUUAAAAUGUUUACUUCAAGCCACUUUUUGGUGAUCGUUCUGGCGUUGGGAGUGACUUUUGCCAGUCCCAUUGGAUCCGAGAUCUCAGAUCUGCAGCGAGCCUGCAUCAGUAUGUCAGGCUCUGAUGCUGGUGUUUGGAAAUUUAUUGCUUCGAAUUUAGAGUUCCAGUCUUGUCGGGAAUCCAAGAUAGGCAAAAAUGACGCUAACAUUAAUUUUUCGACGUUCAACCCCGGAGAGAUGGAAAAACUUUGCUCUUCGCUAAACUCUUCGUUGGCCUGUUUGGACGGAAUGCUUGAAGGGGCAGCGAUGUGUCUAGGAAAAGAUGACAUCUCAUCAGCCAAAGAAAAAUUUAACCAACUUGCUGUGGAUUUUCUGGACUUGAUGUGUGAUGGUAACUUCAAUACCGUUGAUGUUAAAUUUUCAGAAGUGGCGAAUAAAGAUUGCAUCGGUGAUACUGAUGAUUUGGUGAAGGAACUCAGUCAUUGUUUCGCUACAAAUAUGCUUGAUAGUGAAUCAUCGCCCGACAACGAGUGCCUUCUUUACGCAAAAGCAAUAGGCUGUGUGAAGAGCAAACUCGAUAAAUGUGGAGGAAAUCCGCAGCUCAUGAAAUUUUUGUAUGCAGCCGUUGGACCUGCUCUCAUACUCAACAAUUGUUACGACGAGACACUAUCGGAAGAAUCUGUAAAUAGUAGCUCAGAAAUCGUUGAAGAAGCUACAUCUGAAACUCUAGAAAUAGUUGAGCCACGGUGCAACGGAAGCGCAGAAGAACAAGUGAGGCAACUCAGUGAAUGCUUCUCAUUAAAUCCACUUAUUGGUAAAUCAUCCUCUGAAAACGAAAGCCCCCUAUACUCCAAUGGACUAGAUUGUGAUCAGGAAAUAACCAAAAAAUGCGGUAAAUCAUCCUCUGAAAAUGAGUGCAUUCUAUACUCACAUGGUCUAGAUUGUGCUUGGAAAAUAACCAAAAUAUGUGAUACACCUCGACAGUUGAUGGAAAUAUUGAGAGUCGUCGUAGAACCUGCUCUAGAGCUCAACAAGUGUUACUCAACCACAGAAAAGGAAGAAAUCGCUGAGAGCGAUGAAAUCAUUGAAGAAAAAGUUAAGCCAGAUUGCAACAGAAGUCCUGAUGAAGCAGUGCAGGAAAUUAGAAAUUGCUUCGAUUUUAAGUCAAUUGACAGUAGUAAAUCAUCCUCUGAAAAUGAGUGCAUUCUGUAUUCAAAUGGGCUUGAUUGUAUGCAGGAAACAAUCAAAAGAUGCAUGUUAUUACCUCCAGUUAUGGCGGAGCUAUUGAGAAAUAUCAUAGAACCUUCGCUGGCGCUCAACAACUGCUAUGAUGAAUCAUUCGAUGAAUCGGAAGAAAACGUUGAAGCCGAUCGAUGAGUGCAUUAAAAUUGUCAUUCCAAGGUUGGAGCGUAAUCUAGGACCAAAAUCUAACUCUACACUACCGGUCUAUCAAAAUUCUUUCCAUCAUUCUUAUUCCUUUGAACAAUAAAUCAAUUACACCCUACCUUUGUAAAACCAACACGCGUUUUAUAAUUCGUUCCGCCGAUGAAUUCUGUUUCAAUUUCCAGGUUAUUUCCGGUCUCGAGCCGCCAUAAAUAGCAUAGUUUACGGUCGUCUUUGGUCUUUGGUGCAACAGUUAGGUUCCUCAUAACCUAUUUCGAGAACCUCCGGAAUAAACCCAAGAGAAGUGCAAUUGGACAAUGAAGAGGUUAGUCCGCGAAAGGAAGUCGCUUGACUCACGCCUCAAAAGAUCCAUCGAAAGUCUGACCCAGUUGCAAGGCAGUGAAGAAACGGAGGAGUUAGAUAUCCAGACCGAAAUCGAUAAUUUCCAAAAAAUCUGGAAUGAUUAUCUUCUCGUUCAUAUACGUAUGAUCGAGAUAUGCAAGGAUGAGGAAGUCGACGGCAUUCUAGAACAUCUCGAAAAUUUCGAAAGUUCAUUUCUGGUAAAUAAAAAUCGUCUCCUAAAAUUCCUAAAAAGGGUCAGCUUCGCCACAUCCACGAGGAUACAACCUUCUGCCAGUCAAGAUGGCGGUUACGCCAUUCGUGUUCUUGUCGAGCAGCAAGCUGAAUUUCUGCGCCAAAUGUCUAUCAGCUUUGGCACCGGUCUAUCCACCAAGUACAUCUGAGCGUCCAUUUCAAGAACGACCGACAAUUGCUACGGACCUGAAACUUCCAAGGACAACGUUGCCAGUAUUUUCAGGAAAUAUUUUAGAAUGGCAGUCGUUUUAUGAUCUGUUCGACAGCGCUGUUCAUAAAAAUCUAGCCCUCACAGAUAGUCAACGUUUAUAAUUCCUGAAAACUAACUUGGAAGGAGAAGCAGCCACCUUAUUAUCCCACCUUCGCAUUGAAGAUGCCAACUACGCUCCCGCGUUAGCCAAGUGGAAGCAGAGAUUUUACAAACCGUUUGAUAUUGCUGUACAACAUAUUCAGCGAUUCAUAAACCAACCUCUUCUUGCUAUAACAUCAGCUGACGGAUUUCGAUCACUUCACGACAUUUCCAACGAAUCACUACGAGCUCUUCAAGCGCUGAACCGAUACGAUCGUGAUAUCUGGUUGCUGUACAUACUCAUCGAGAAAUUGGAUGACGAUACAAAGCAGCUUUGGUGUCAAAAGCGUUCUGAAAUGUUCGACGAGGUUAAUACACUGGAAACCUUACUAAAGUUCAUCGAUAUUCGAAGCAACACUGCCUAAAUCUCAACUACCAGUGAAACAGCCAUCAAAACACCAAUUCCGAAACCCCCCAAAAUUGGUUGCUACUAACCAAUCAGCCCGCGACAACAUUUGUGGAUUCUGCUCCAAGUCACCGAAUCAAUUAUAUCAAUGUGGUAAGUUCAUUCAUGCAAGUGCUUAUGACCGACUCAAUUUCAUUCGUAGGCAUCAACUAAGCACCAAUUGUCUGAGGCAACACACAAAUGAACCAUGCAAAUCAGGCAAUUGCAGGCAAUGCAAUCAACUUCACCACACACCUCACCACGCCUACAUGAUGCCCUACAACCACCAACUGGGCACGACGUUACAUCUACAAUAAUGAACACAAAGAAUGUAACUCAAACCUUCAUCUCGACACUGAAUUUAGCUACCGAUUUGGCGGACACCAACGUCCUUUAACUCACUGUAACUAUCAGCGUGCUGGAUAAAUUCGGCAGACUCGGGGUGUUCUCGAUUGUGCCUCACAUACCAACUACUCGAGAAUUUUGCUAACAACUUUGCCUACCAACAAUACCGGUGGACUUCGAGUUUGGCGGCAUCUCAGAGGCAUCCGGACACGAGAGCUCUCAUAACAUUCGGCUCACGAUGCUGCGACUACCAAAACACCGUUCCCUGUGUAAUGCUGGACCGAAUCACUUCUGAACUACCUCUGAAGCCGGUGAACAUUACAGGCUGGCCUAUUCCACGCUCAAUUGUCAUGGCAGAUCCCCACUUCCUGGUAAAAUCAACAUGCUGCUCGGCAAUAAAUUAUUCUCCCAACUUCUCGACCCUGGUAGUAUCAACCUCAGCUCCGAUGGCAGCCUAUCCAUUCUUCUAAACACCAAACUUGGUUGGGUGGUCUCCGGUGGCUACAAAAACGACGUCCAAUCGAUCCCAUCCCCUCCUCUACCAUGCCAGCCUCAUAACCAUGACCGAUGAGACCCUUUCCACGCAGCUGCAACGGUUUUGGGAAAUUGAGGAAUAUCAACCACCGAAAACACACUUGAGCGAUACAGAGGUUUAGUGUGAAAAGCAUUUCUCUCAACACACAACUCAUGAUGAAUUCGGUCGCUUCACUUUCCAUUUAUUGAAAGACCUGACCAGCUGGGAGAAUCCCGUGAGAUCGCAGCUAAUAGAUUUGCCCACUUAGAACGAAAACUUGAGAAGAAUUCCGUACUCAAAACUCAGUAUCACCAAUUCAUUCGAGAGUACAUCGACAUGGGUCAUAUGUCUCUCGCAUAAAAUGCGCCUCCCAAAACAGCUGUUUUUCUGCCUCAUCAUUAUUUUGUGAAGGCAGAUAGUAGCACCACAAAAUGCCGAGUGGUUUUCGAUGACAAAAACAAGCAACGGGAAGUCUCAUAUUUUGAUGGCGGAACCUAUACUGCAACCUGCGCUCAUCGACAUUUUACUUCGGUUCAGAUUCCCCGUAGUUGUAGUUGCAGGGGACCUUCAAAAAAUGUAUCGAAUGGUUGAACUGCAUGAUGAUGAACGAGAUUUCCAGCGAAUUUUAUGGCGUUGGUCUAGAUCAGAAACCUUAGCUGAGUACCGAUUGAAUACAGUAACAUACGGCACCAAAAGUGCAUCAUAUUUAGCUACUAAAUGCGUGCAACAAGUGCUUUUGGCAAACCAACAAAAAUAUCCUAAUGCCGUGAAAAGGA